CGUCGUCUCUCACAUCAUAUACAAAAUGGCCCCCAACCAGCGCAUCGUUCCCUCCGGCUCUCGGCCCCAGAAGGGCUUCGUCAGCACCAUCUACGACGAGGCCACCAACCCCGAGAACAAGACUAUUGUCCGCAGCCUCGUCAUCUUCGGUGCCGGCAUCGCGUUCCUCCACUCCAGCUUCGGAGAGUUCCUUCUUCCUCCUAUGUAAAAUCAUCACGCCUUUUAUACCUCCGGUGACACGACUCGGAAUCCCUCUUUUGAACCUGUGGAAGCAUAUCGGCGUCAGUCAAAGGAAAACAU